AGAUUCAGUCAAUCUUUUGCUCUCGUUAAGAUCGCUACUUCGUAUCAUAUAUUCACGAAUCGGUGAUGCAGAAACCCUAAGAUGAUAUGUGACAAAAAUUGUGAGUGUAUCUUGUGCCUGGAGUUGAAGGGUUGUGAGAAGGACUUGAGGGACAAUGUGGAUUCGAUACCGUCGAAUUUUAUCCUGGCGAAGCCGGAUAAGACGCUGAAAAAUCUAAUGGUGCGUAACGGCAAGAAAUACACUUUUUUUGGCAUGGAAGUAGACGGGGAUUUCGAGAAAUUUUCCACGAUAGGGAAGAAUGAAGUGAAAGUCGAGGAAAAACGAGACUUGGACUGCGAGGAAAAGGAUAAACCACUCGAGGAUAACGCCUGUAAAUCUGAGGACAAAAGCGCUGAUUCUCCAAGCGAGAUGAGUCAGAAUAAGCACAAGUCAGUCAUUUACGUCAAUGACACUACGAGUACUUCGUUAGCAGAUACGAGUGAGGAGAUAACAAAAAAUGAGUACAUCGACGAGUGGAUGAGUCUGUGCAGCAGAGAGAAUAGCACUGAGAUCAACGUGGUAUUCAAAAACACUUUCAGCUUAGCAAGUCAAAUAAUCAACGAAGUUCAUUCAAGUAGCAUAUUAUUGAAUUACGAUGAAUUGGAGGAUGAUUUUCCUCUUGGGAUGGAAGCCGACUUGCUCAAGCAUUACUUGAAAGAUCGAUUGUCUUGCAACUCAAGAAGUGACCACAAUUACCAACACCUCCAAACGGCAGACUCGAGUGGAUCGCUCAGCAACGAACUCCAGAACAAUGUAAACUCAACAAAUAACUGCACCAAAACCAGUACGAAGUCCUUCUCGGCAAAUGGCGCACAAAACCAAAACACCACAGUUCGGAUGGUAUCCCCGAAGAGAAGGGUGGAACAGUUCCAACAACUGUUCGUAGCGAAUAAUGUCAAGACUUCCACGUUCAGCGAACAGUUCGAGAAGAACAAUUUGUCAAGUACGAAGAAUAUACCAAACAGUCAUGAAUUCAAACACAUAUGUAGUCACAAUUCGAUCAUGGUUCCUGAGAAAGAUACAGGACCAAAACCUGCGGAAUGUGGGGUAAACGCUCUUAAUCUCAAGAUGCCCGGACAGAUUAAUGGUAGAUUGAGUGGUUCUGGCAAUGAGGAACACCGGAUACUGACUCCCAGGCAGCAUCAUCAUGUUAGUGUACAGGAGUUGAGAGUUCAGAAUCUUCAGCAACAAUGUAAUAGUUCAUCGGACGACAAUAGAUCUUCAGGACACGCAAGCAUGUCUGAUACAGGAAACACAUCACCAAGAGAUAUUUCUUGCAAAGAUCGCCUACCAACUGGAGUUGUUCAGAAACCUUUGAGGAAUCGAACGAACCUUCAUCAGUACAAUAAUAGAUCAAGGCAUAGAGCUACACCAGCUAGAUUGCAUGUACCAUGGACUGGAGGUGGUGGGCUGGAAGAUAUCAAGUUGGCUCUUCAACAAUUGACGAUACGUUCAAAUACAUCAACAAGUACUUAUUCCAGUAUAAGUGCCGGUUCUGAGAGCUCAGAGCCCGUGAUGAGAAGGUUGAUGAGGCAUUCAUCUCUUGAAACCAUAAAUACCAAUAUCACCAACGCCGAUGAGUUCGUUUGGGUGGACUCACAUAACAGGCUUGUAGAGCUUCAGCAUCUCCCAUGGACCAACCACUGCAUACUUCGAGUCCUUCAAACUGGAAGAUGCAGCGAAUACAUGAACAGAGUGAAUGUCGACAUAAUACCAAGACUAUCUUACCUGUUGCAACGUGCUCUGGUACGAAUUGGAAGGGAAACCCAAAGGUUGUCCUCAACCCUUGGGAUCUGCACGAAACACGAUAUAACAGUUUCAUUCAGGAUCAUUUUGUGCCCUCCUCUGGCUGACUCUUGUAUCAAAGCAGCUCUAAGAGCGGCAGCCAUGCUGUCAAUGUCAAGUGAUGGUGCUUUGAAACAGAGCAAAUCAUCUCGAGCUGGAUUGAACCUUCACGUUGGAAGAUUUCAUAGGUGGAUGACGGACUUGAAGUUGGCCAGGUUUAUACACGAAUACGCCGCCGUGUACCUGUGUGCCGGAAUGGAAAAUCUACUGGAGGAAAUAUUGCUUCAAUGUCUGCCAAGCGAUGCAGAUGCCUCGUUGACAGCCACUAUACUGGAACAUGCAAUUGCUAAUAAUGGUGACAUGUGGGGUUUAUUGCAGCCCUACGCGCAUCUCAAUGCGGGAAGGAUAGCCUCAGGUGCGCUAGCACUUCCCAGAUGGGCGUCAAGUUCGAGCGUCUGCUCCAGCAGAGAUUCUGGAAGAAGCUCGGUUCCUUCGGAGCCAUCUAUGAUGACCACAUGUGUCGGUUCUUUGAUGGAAUUACAGGAUUUAAUAGACAGGAUGCAACCAAGGAUUCCGCUCUGUCAGAAAGCUGUUAGAUCUCUCUUUUACUUCAUGAGAUGUUCGCAACUCGAGCAAGGCGAGCAAGGAAACCACACUGUGCAGGAACUCUGUUACGAGCGUGCCUAUGUAGUGUUACCUCCUCUGGUAGAAUGGUUGAGAGUGGCCACUGCUCAUGGUGAGCACCGAUAUGCUGCAGUCCUAGACAAGGACGACAUAAUGCAAGCAGCAAGACUUCUGCUUCCAGGAGUUGAUUGCCCAGUGAGAUCUCUUGGUGAAGAAGCAAUGAGGAUACGGAAAAAUACUGGCAACGAAGAGGACCAAUUCGAAGCUUCUAGGCAAAUUCAGAUGGAGAUUGCCUUCCGGUUGAUGGCUACAGGAAGAUCGGAACUAAUUCAACAAGCUAUUUCUUUAUUGCCCUCGAAUUCUCACCUAGAUACAUUGAACACUCAAGGACAUACAGCUCUCAUGCUGGCAUCUAUAAACAACGAUGACCAAGCGCUUCUGGCUCUUCUUGAUUCUGGAGCAUCAGUGGAUAUAGAAACUCCUGCUUCUGGUUCCAUAUAUUAUCCAGCUGUGAAUGGAGAGAACCAACAUUGGACAGCGCUAACUUAUGCUGCGUCUAAGGGACAUGUUAGAUGUGCUAGAAUUCUAUUGGAAAGAGGGGCAAAUGUUGAAGGAGGAGCUCUGUUGAGUGAGGAAAAAUGUACACUCACCCCGCUACAGGUAGCUUGUGGUAGUGGCAACACAGAUAUGGUGAACUUACUUUUGGCUCAUGGGGCUCAUCCAUUCCUGUCAACCCAGAUCAAGGAUUCUUUGAGUUAUUCUUCCGCAACGCAGAGAGGAUCAUACAGUUCAUUGUCUGUUGUAGCAGCCCAUGGACAUAGAGGUAUUUUACAGAAACUAUUGACCCAACCAGUCACCUCCAUAACUAAAGAAGUUUUGUCUCUUGAAGAGAUGUUGGCUGAAGGAACCAUUCCAAACCAGACGACUAGUUCAAGUACGCCUCAGUUCAGUAAAACUCAGAUAAAAGCCCUUCAAGAAGCAAUGUAUCAGAGCUCAGAGAACAAUCAUCUGGAUAUAACUGUUGAAAUAAGGUCACUAGGUAUACCUUGGACUCUGCAUUGUUGGAUGCACUCUUUGAGAGCAGCACAUGAAGCUAGACUAGAUUGCGUCAUCGACCAACUGUUGCAAGAUUUUCUGCAAGUUUGUCCUGAUGAUUACAGCUCACAAUUCGUCAAUGAGUGUUUGCCUCUUCUUUUCAAUAUUUUCAGAUAUAGUAAGAAGGAAGGUACCACCCUGUUACUAGCAGACAUAUUCUCGACCUGUUAUGGUUGGGAACCCAUCAAAAUUGUCAAGGAAAUUCCACCAGUGAGUUCCAGUGGAUCAAGAAUCGAUCCUAAAUACGUCAACAAUCCAGAAUUGAGCGACGUCACUUUUAGAGUAGAAGGGAGAUUAUUUUACGCCCACAAAAUAGUAUUAGUAACCGCUAGUCCAAGACUUCGUGCAAUGUUGAGUUCUAAACUUUGUGAGGGAGGAUUACCUAUUGUACAAAUUAAUGAUAUAAGGUAUCAUAUUUUUGAGAUUGUCAUGAAAUUUCUUUACCAAGGAGGUUGCCAGUCUUUGGAACCACCACAAGAGGAUAUUUUGGAAUUGAUGGCAGCUGCUAACUUCUUCCAAUUGGAAGGUCUUCUUCGUUAUUGUGAGAGUAGAUGUGCGACGAUGGUAGCAAUUGACAAUGUAGUAUCGAUGUAUAUUCAUGCUAAAGUGUAUAACGCAAUGCAGUUAUUGGAAUACUGCCAAGGUUUUUUAAUGCAGAAUAUGGUUGCUUUACUGACUUACGACGACUCUGUGAAAAGGUUAUUGUUCGCGAAAAAAGUCCCUAAUCAUGAUGUUUUGGGUGGUUUGCUAUCCACGCUUCAGAAUAGAAUAAAGAUAAGGAGGAACCUAACCUGCAAAGUGGCUCAAAGCCCUAAACCUCCUACUUAAUGGUGCUCAUUUUUGUUAGUUAUAUAUUUUUAAAUAUGAUACAAAUUUAUAUUCUUAGUUAUUAUUUAUGUGGCAUACAAUAUUAUCAGUAUUUUAUACUAAUAAAACCAAACUUACGAUAAUAAAUUAUAUUCUGUCAGA